CCGUUCAGUGCAAGAAACAGCUUGAUGCGCAAACGUUUACGCAAAGUACUGGACUCCCACUCUGGCUACGUCAACAGUACAGGACACAUCUUUUAAUCGGUCCAAAACUUUUGAGUAAAAUGUGGACAGUUCCGAAGCCAAAAUACAGAACAGGUUCUUGCGGCGAGGGGGAGAUUGCUGUGAACAUCGGCGGAGUCCGGGUGGUGCUGUACGGGGACGUCUUGAGCCGAUACCCGGACAGCAGACUGGCGGAGUUGUUGAACUGCUCCCCUGGGAAUCACGAAGGCAUCUCCUCGCUUUGCGACGACUUCGACCCGGGCAGAAACGAGUUUUACUUCGACCGAGAUCCCGAUGCCUUCAAGUGCAUCAUCGACGUUUACUACUUCAAUGAAAUCCACAUCAAACCCGGUAUUUGCCCCAUCUGUUUCAUCAAGGAGAUGGAGUUCUGGAAAAUAGACCAGUCUGUGUUGGACGAGUGCUGUAAAAGCUACCUGAGCGAAAAGGAGGAGGAGCUGACGGAGAUCGCAAACAAAGUAAAAGUGAUUCUGGAGGACCUGGAGCCCGAUCGCUGCGUUACGUGCACCCAGAGGUGCCAGAGGUUCCUGUGGAGGCUGAUGGAGAAGCCGGGUUCCUCGCGGUCGGCACGCGUCAUUGCCAUCGCGUCUUUCCUCUCGGUCCUGGUCUCGGCAGUGGUGAUGUGCGUGGGGACCAUCCCAGAGCUGCAGGUGGCGGACGCCGAGGGGAUGCUGGUGGAGCACCCGACCCUGGAGGCGAUCGAGACCGCCUGCAUGUCGUGGUUCACCGCGGAGUACCUGCUGCGUCUCGCCUCCUCUCCGCACAAGCUGCACUUCGUACUCUCCUUCAUGAACGUCGUAGACUUCAUGGCCAUCGUGCCUUUCUACGUGGUCCUGUCCCUCACCUAUUUCGGCACCUCGUCCAUGAUGGAGUUGACCAACGUGCAGCAGGCUGUCCAGGCGCUGCGCAUCAUGCGCAUCGCGCGUAUUUUCAAGCUGGCGCGCCACUCCGCUGGGCUGCAGACCCUGACCUUCGCGCUAAAGAGGAGCCUGAAAGAGCUGGGCUUGCUCCUCUUGUACAUGAGCGUGGGGAUCUUUUUGUUCUCGGCGUUGGCCUACACCCUGGAGCAAAGCCACCCAGAGACGCUCUUCAGGAGCAUCCCGCAGUCUUUCUGGUGGGCCAUUAUCACCAUGACCACAGUGGGCUACGGGGACAUUUACCCAAAGACCACGCUCGGCAAAUGCAACGCGGCUGUGAGCUUCCUGUGCGGGGUGAUUGCCAUCGCCUUGCCUAUCCACCCCAUCAUAAACAACUUCGUGGUGUAUUACAACAAGCAGAAAGUGCUGGAGACAGCAGCGAAGCACGAGGUGGAGCUGAUGGAGCUGAAGUCGGGCCGGGACGUGCGCAGGAAAAGCAGAGAUUGAGGGAAGAUUAUACAUUUGAAAUUGGGACAAUGAUACAUUUUCUAUUAAUGUUUGUAUUACAUAUAAUAUAUGGGGCGCCGUUUGUAAAAUGUCGCCGGUUCUAAAAUCCUGCGCAGUUUUGCUACGUUUAGCAUUAU